GUUACGAUACAGUGACUUUCAGCACAUAUUACCGCUGCAUUUCUUGAAGACAUCCUUAGCUUCGGAACCUCUAAAGGAUCAGCCUUGCCCAAGAUGGUGAAAAGUUGCAAAGGUGACACGGGUCACCAGCGAAUGAACUACCUGUACCAAGCAGCCCACUGCACCCUGGCACAGAACCCAGGGAACACUCAGCUGGCCAGGUUCUACAUCGAGACCAUGAAGAGUGUAGCAGCAAAGCUUGUGCUGAGACUUGAUCCUCAUAUCAAGCGUACUAUAUGCAAAAAGUGCAGUUCCCUUUUGAUCCCUGGGGUCACUGCUACCGUCAGGGUCAAAGGUCGUAGGCAGAAGCACAUGGUCGUGACAUGCUUGGAUUGUAAACAAGUCAAGAGGUUCAAUACGGAUGAAAAGCAUGUCCUGUGGGCACAUAAAACAGAAGCCAUUCAAGACAAGAGCUGAUAAAUCGGCUUUUAAGUGUAGAUUGCCAAAAGAAACUCGUGCUAAGAGGAUGCGCGAUAGUGCAUAGUUUUUUCUACAGGAAAAUUGUAAACUAAGGAGAUCACACCAAAUUGUCAAGAAAUCAAUGAAUAUAUGGAUAUCUAGAUGAAUAUUCAU